CACUUCCUAAACUCCUUCAACAAGUUCGUCAUACGCACUUUACAAAUUUUAAAAGGUUUGUCAAAAUAAUGUUCCUUCUGACCAUCCUAACAUUGCAGAAACACAGGCCACCAAAAUCACUGAUAGAUUGGGUUGAUGAUUUUGAAAAAGAAAUAAGAAUGACAAUGACCAUGAAUUCAGAUAUAACAAUUAUGGGAGUGUAAGCCGUGUCUGUCUGUCUGGCACAGGUCCACCAGUUUUUAAAGAUAAAACCAAUGGAGAGUGGAUUGCCAGACCAGAAAUGUCUACUGUGGAAAUUAAAUGUGUUGCUUGUGGAAAACCAAAACCUACCAUUAAGUGGUAUAAAAACAAGCAAUACAUUGAUCCUGGCAUGAAGGGAGGACACUACCAUAUAAGAAAAUGGAAACUUUCUAUUUUAAAUUUGGAAAAAAUGGACGAAGGACAAUAUACCUGUGUAUUAGAAAAUACACAGGGUAUAUUAAAUUUUACCUUUAAAAUUGAAGUUCUUCAAUUGACAAUAAUGACAAAACCAAUUGGUUUGGGACCAAAUAACCAGACAGUUCAAGCCGGGAGUGAUGCUAGGUUUGAGUGUAAAGUGUUGAGAAAUGACCUACAGCACCAUACACAAUGGUUACAACAAUACACAGUCAAUGGUUCCUAUCGAGACGAUGAAAACCAGCCAUAUGUCAACAUCAUACAGCAAUCCAUGGUGAAUUUAAGUCACCCAGAAAUACUGACAAUAAAGAAUGUAACAAAAGAUAAUGCUGGAUGGUAUGGUUGCUUGAUUUCUAAUCCACUUGGUAGAUAUUACCAGACUGCCUGGCUAACAGUUUUAGAUGAACAAGCAGAAGCAGUAGACAUUAGUUCAGGAGGAACAAACGAUAAAGAGCAAAUAGUAAUCUACAUUAUCGGUGGUGUCGCAUCAGUAGUUGUUCUCUUCCUGUUACUCCUGAUAUUUAAAUGUUAUAGACAUUACAAGAGGGUACAGUCCAGCAAAUAUAGAAAUGUCAAGAGAGUAAUUGUCAUGACACAGAAUGAAAAUUACCAUCCAUACAAAUCUUAUGAUGGUACACAACCAUUUGUUUUACCCACAAUCAGAAUUGAACCUGGUCCAAGAAGACGCUUGUCAUCUGAUUUGACCAUGAUGUCAGAGUAUGAUCUCCCUCUGGACAAACACUGGGAAUUUAGACGGGAACAGUUAUCACUUGGUGAACCUCUUGGGGAAGGAGCAUUUGGUAAAGUUUUUAAAGCAGAAGCUGUUGGUUUAAAUAAAGCUCCAACAACUGCCAUAGCAGUCAAGAUGUUGAAGGAGGAUGCAACCGAUAGAGAAUUGACAGAUUUAAUGCAAGAAAUGGAAGUGAUGAAAUUAAUAGGAUGCCAUGAAAAUAUCAUUAAUUUCCUGGGAUGUUGUACACAAAAUGGGCCAUUAUAUGUAUUGGUUGAACUUGCUCCACAUGGUAACAUGCGAGACUACUUGAGAUCAAGAAGACCACAUAAUUCUGCAGGAUACAAAAAGCAAGAUUUAGAAAAAGGCUCAUUCAAACCAUUAACAGAAAAAGACUUGAUAUCAUAUGCCUACCAGAUAGCCAGAGGAAUGGAAUACCUGGCAUAUAGAAAGUGUAUUCACAGAGAUUUAGCUGCAAGAAAUGUGUUAGUUACUGAAGAUGUAAUUAAAAUAGCAGAUUUUGGUUUGACCAGAAAUCUUACCAAUGUGGAUUAUUACAGAAAGACUGGAGAUGGUCGACUACCUGUGAAAUGGAUGGCUCCAGAGGCAUUAUUUGACAGAAAAUAUACUUCCAAGAGUGAUGUUUGGUCUUAUGGAGUAUUGUUGUGGGAGAUAUUUACACUAGGAGGGAAUCCUUAUCCAUCUGUACCUGUGGAAAGAUUAUUUGAACUUUUAAAAGAAGGUCAUAGAAUGGGCAGACCUCCAUAUGCUUCAGAAAAAAUUAAUAAAACGAUGCAGUCCUGUUGGCAUGAGAAUCCAUCAGGGCGACCAUCUUUCAAUAACCUUGUUAUUGAUUUUAAUCAAAUGUUGACCUCUAUGGACAACAGAGGUGAAGUAUAUCUAAAUCUAGAUGAAUGUAACAGUAUACAUCCCAUCAUAUCAUCAUGAUCAUAGUCUCUCUCAUGUACAAGGCAUUCACUGACAACUGUGUUUUAUACUUAUAGGCAGUGAUUGUUUCAUUAUCUCAAUCAUCUAGAUCGUCUUCCACAUAUUGAAUUAUACUUGACUUAAUUGUUCAAAGAAGACAACCAUGCAUCUUAUUCAAUCUCAUGUUUUUACAACAAGUGCUAUAGUGAACAAAUAAAAAGUUUUUGUUGCUCUAAUGUGCAACCUCAUUGACACCAAAGACAAAGAAAUACUAUUAGAAAUCCAGUGUCUGUGAUUUUUUUUUUUGUGAUUUGUGUUGACAAGGAUUAAUAUGUUUAAUCAUGUAAAGUACAGGAACUUAUUUCAAGUCAUUUUUUAAAUGGAAAUGUCCAAAGUUUUUGAUGGCAAUUUAUAUCAAUUGUGACGAAAAUGCGUUCAAAUGACGACAAACGAACUUCAAAUUGUGAUCUUUUGAGAAAUAAUGAAAUUCAAAUGCGAACUGUCCGGGAGUAUUAAACAAAUUAUUUAGAUCAAAUGACGAAACUAUACGUCUGGUUGUUGAAAUGCCAACUGACUAUUUUUACAGCAAAAAUGUUGUUUGAUAGUUAUGAUCUGUAAAAUUUUCAUCAUUUUUCCACAUUUUCUAUAUUAAAUUUUACAACAAAAUUAAGCUAACAAUACACAGGAUUGUCAAUAUAGUUUUUUCUGUUUUAUCAUUCUGAAAGUAGAAAUUGUGCAGGCACAAUACUGUUUUUUAUUGGCUCAUGCUUUGCAUCAUUAUACACUAUUUUAUAUAUGAUUUUGGUUAUACUGUUGAAUUACUUUAGUAUACAUUUCAAUGAAUACAAAUUUUGAUUAUUUAGAAGAAUGAAAAUAAGUGAACUUGGACCUGUGUAUGCAAAAAAAUGAACGCUCUAAUUGAAAAAGAUAAUUAAGUUUAAAAUACAAUUUAAGACAUAUAACACUUGGAAAAAAUGAUGUGCAAAUAUAAAAAAGAAGAUGUGGUAUGAUUGCCAAUGAGACAACUAUCCACAAAAGACCAAAAUGACACAAACAUUAACAACUAUAGCUCACCGUACGGCCUUCAACAAUGAGCAAAGCCCAUACCGCAUAGUCAGCUAUAAAAGGCCCUGAUAAGAUAAUGUAAAACAAUUCAAACGAGAAAACUAACAGCCUUAUUAGGAAUGAUGAAUCAAACAAAACAAAAACAGCCUGUGUCAAAUGGGUAUAAAUCAUGCAAUGGAACAAAGUAUUAAUGUAAUCAUGAUACAAAUUAUGGACCACUUGGUGUAUAUAACGUGACGGUACCCAAAUUGCACCUAUUUUGACAGUUUUUUCACCUACGUUUUUUUAUGAUAAAGACAAAAAUUUCCAUUCUGUGUUUAUUUUGUAGCCGUAUCCUUCUUUAUUAUAGAAGUACACCAAUUUCAUUUUUAAUCCAUAUGGAAUCAUAGAAAAAUUGGUCUAAACUGACCUCCAAACCAUCAAUGAUUCUGAAAUGAGGAGUACCCAAAUUGCAUCCAUGCUUAAAUUCGCACUGUCAAAAUUCUAAUAACAGAGCUUUUUUUUAAUUUCUUCAAAUAUUUUGAACAAUUGGAUAUUUUUCCAUGUUUACUCUUUAUUUUUUAUUAAAUGGAUACUUGUAACAUAUUGUAUUUGAUCAUUUUAAAAAGAUGACGUUUUGAUGACGUCGCAUGGCGACGUUUCAGUACAUUUUGCUUUUUUAGUAAACACUUCACCUGUUGAUAAAUACUGUGAACGUUUUGUGCAUAUCUAAAUAGUUUUACCUAUGUUGAAAGAUGUGCAUAGUAUCAAAUCAUAAAAAUACAAAUAGUUUACGGUCUCUAGGAAAUCCUGUUAGAUUAUUUUUACUAUUUUGGCUUAAUAGGUGCAAUUUGGGUACCGUUACGUUAUAUAUAUAUGACCAGUAUGUAUUAUUAUGUUGAUGCAGUAUAUUUACAAUUAGUAAACUUAUGAUUCUGAAGUACAGUGUUUAUUUUUAGACUUGACAAUCAAAUAAUGUAAAUGUUUUCUAUUUGUGUUCAUUGUUAAAUUUUGGCCAGGUGGUGCCAUCUGUUACUUGCAUUUUAUUUCACUUGUUAAAACCUUAUGUAUCAAUGUUGAUCCUCUUUCAUGGUUUUCGUUGAGCCUGCGACUUUUGUCGUUGGUUGCAUUGUCCACAAAUAUUCACUUUGGGGUUAAAGAUUUUAAAAUUUCAAUAACUUUUCUUUAACUAUCCUGUAUUUCUACCAAAUUUGUUUAAACUUUGCGAUUUUGAAUUUUAUGCAGUCAGUGUUAAAACUGGGUUACUUCAAAGAAAAAGAGGGAAACAUGCUCUUAUGCAUAUAAGUUGAUGUAUUUGUGCCUGUACUACAGUCUUUACCAUGCCCAACUUUCUGGUUCACUUUGGUUUAGUAUAAUUUUGAUUAUUUUUGUCAAAUAAGCUUUGACUGUGUAAAUUUUCAUUUAAAUUCAUACAUGUGUACAUAUUAAAGAAGCAUAGCAGAUGCAGUUUAGCAAGAGGAAAUGAGAAGUUUAAGGUAAAUGAAAUGUGUUUAAGACAACCUUAUGCUAAGCUUUUAUCCACACACGGUACCAAUAAUAGCCAAUUGCCUAAGGUUGCUUUGACCCGAAUCCCCAGGUGGUAAAAGGUAGGACCAUUUUAGUUGAGUUCCAAAGUUAUGGUAGGGUGAAACAACCUCCUUUAUUCUGCAAUGCAUAAAAAAAAAAUCCCCUCGGGAAAGGUUUUGUCCACACUUAGUUCAAAUGAUGGGACCAAGGUGGGUAAGGUUUUAUAAGGUUUAAAGUUUGGGUAGUGUUACCACCUCCCACCUUUAAUUUAUCAAAAAUUCCCUACGGCACAGCUUUGUCAACAAUAAGUACAAAUGAUAGGGAAUUACCUAAGGUUGUUUGGACCCAACGACCAAGAUGGGUAAAGUGUUUUAACUCUUUUAUACGACCGCAAAAAUUUUAAUUUUUUGGUCGUAUAUUGGUAUCACGUUGGCGUUGUCGUCGUCGUCCAAAUACUUUUGGUUUUCGCACUAUAACUUUAGUUUAAGUAAAUAGAAAUCUAUGCAAUUUAAACAGCAAGACCAUAAAAGGAAGGUUUGGAUUGAUUUUGUAAGUUUUGGUCCCAACAGUUUAGGAAUUAGGGGCCAAAAAGGGCCCAAAUAAGCAUUUUCUUGGUUUUCGCACUAUAACUUUAGUUUAAGUAAAUAGAAAUCUAUGAAAUUUUGACACAAAGUUUAUGACCACAAAAGGCAGGUUGGGAUUGAUUUUGGGAGUUGAUUGAGGUGCCAAUUUGGGGUAGGGUGACCCUACCACUUCCCCUAUUUAAUUUAUAAAAAAAAUCCCUGCGGCAAAGGUUUUGUCCUCAUAAGGUACAACUGGUAGGUUAUUGCCUGGACCUAUAGACCCAGGUGAGUUAAGCUAUGGAAAUAUUUUGAUUGAGGUCCCAAGUUAAAAGAAUACAUGUCAGUUUUCAAAUCCCAUGUACAGAAUAAGGAUAAAUCAUGGAUAUCUAAAAAAAGAGGGACGAAAGAUACCAGAGGGACAGUCAAAAUGCCAACAAGGUGCAGGUUUUGCUUUUCUUAUUUUAAAUGCUUCAUGGGAAUAUAAUAUACAGCAUUUUUAUAUUUAGAGAGCUUAUAUUCUUCUGCAUUUUUUAAACUCGUCUAUAAAUAAAACUAACCUUUGAAGUACAUUAUCAUAACAUUAAAAUAAAUUGCAAAAAAUACCAAGUAGUCCAAGAUCAAGAUAUUUAUAAAUAUCUUCGAAGUUGUGAUUUAGAACUUUGUUUUCCUAAAACAUAUCUUUUUUGCAGUUAAGCAAGGUACUUAAAUUGAAGAAAAUACAGUUCUAAAAUUAACAUUGUUGACCUCAAGUAAAAAUUGAAUGUAUAGUAAAAAAAACAAUAGAGCUGAAAAACGCUCAGUGGUCAAUUUUGUGAUUGAACAGUAUUGAACAUUUAUUGAACAUGUAAACAUUUUGAGAUGAACAGUUUUCGAAUGAUUUAAUGUAUUGUUAUUCUUAUCUGUUAUUGAUUAUAGUAUCUAAUAAAAAAAAAUAUAAAUCUUU